UUGAUGGAGAACUACACCUAUAACUGUCUCACACUGCGGCUGGAGGGGUUAAAGGUCACAGAUGAUUUUAUGUACCCAGUGUUUUUCUUCUUCUUUUUUUCCUACCUAUUUAUAAUGUUCACAAAUGUGGGAAUUGUAGCUUUGGUUUACAUGAAGAAGACCCUUCACCAGCCUAUGUAUCUGCUUUUCUGUAACUUGCCCCUCAAUGACAUAGUUGGAAACUCCAUCAUGGUGCCACGGCUGUUGUCAGACAUCUUACUACCCCCUUCUCAACGCCUCAUCAGUUACUAUGAGUGUGUAGUUCAAGCUUUCACCACACACAUGUUCGGCACCACAUCUCACACAGCACUGAUGGUAAUGGCCUUCGACAGGUAUGUGGCCAUCUGCAACCCCUUACACUACUCCAACAUCAUGAAUAACAAAAUGGUGAUAAAGCUGACUGCGUCUGCCUGGGGUUCGGCCUUCAUCUUGGUGGCGAUUCUGCUCGGCCUGACCUUACGACUGAACAGAUGCAGGACUCUAAUCCUAAAUCCUUUUUGUGACAAUGUCUCAUUGUUUAAGCUCUCCUGUGAGAAUGUUUUCAUUAAUAACAUCUAUGGCCUUACCUUCAGUGUGGUCCUGUUUACUGCCUCUAUAGGUAGUGUGGUCCUCACCUAUGGUAAGAUCACCAUUGUCUGCCUGACCAGUAAAAACAAGUCAUUAAAUGGUAAAGCCUUGAAGACCUGCAGUACCCACCUGUUUGCGUACCUAAUUAUGCUUUUAUGUGGAAUGUUAGUCAUUGCUCUGCAUCGCUUUUCACAGUACUCAGAUCAUCGGAAACUCGCCGCCAUUCUUUUUCACAUAAUCCCUGGUGUCCUCAACCCCAUCAUAUAUGGGGUGCAGUCUGCAGAGAUCCGCAAAUUCUUAUCAAAUGCAUUUUGGAGGAGAGAGGUUUUGCCAUUUCCUAAAGUGGAAACUAGGGAUAUUGUUUGUCAAUACAUAAAUAAAACAUGA